CACCAUGUUCGGUUCAACGCAGGUUUCCGUCAUAGUAGACGCAGCUGAGAAACGGGUCACGACCAUUUUUCAUGGGAAAGAUGGAGACAAGAAGGCUGAUCAGUGCCUUUGGUAUCCUAUACCUGCUAACGAGAGUGCGGAACUAGAGAGUCGUCGAGCAGAGUUGGCAGCAGCGCAGUCAAGGUUUGAGUCUUCGACGCGGAUUGGGACGUCAGCAGGAGACUCUAUUUUGCCUUUAGCCUAUGAAGAAAGUACAGACUCACAGCAAGAAACUUCAGCGUCUGCAAAUGCACCGACUGAAAACAGUUUGUUCCCGACAUCAUGGUCUACAGAAGCCGCAAGCUCAUCGUCAACAAGUAGCUCUGAUGGAAAACAUAAACAACAUAUAGACCGACGUCCAUUAUCAUUACCUUGGGUGCGUGGGAAACGAAUCGACAUUGCUUUGCCAGGGUUGAUAGAAACAGAAGCUACUUCAGCACCAAUUACUAGUAGUGUUAGCUCACGACCAUUGCUAAAUAAUGCUGUGCAUGCAGUACGAAUUCGACGGACCACGUCCACCUCAGCUUCGGGUGGUGGGACUCGCGAGGUCGUUUACUCUGUACAGGAUUUCACUUCGCACUGGCCACCAGACUCGACUUUCGAUCCACCUUUUUUGCCGAAACUGGAAACGCA